AUGCGCAGACAUUUGAGUCUGCAGUUUGUUUGUUUUUUAGAAGAGGUUUCAUUAAAAAACCUCUUCCCCACGCAGAUCUGUCCGUAUGUCUUCCAACAUCUUCAAGACUCUCCUCUCUGUCCUUAUGUCUUCCAACAUCUUCAAGACUCUCCUCCCUCUUUAAAACACCCAUCUGGUCUCAAAACCCUAGCACCUCCACUUCUCCAGCCGACACCACCUCCUCCGCCACCAUCACCACCUCCACCUCCGACACCACCUCCUCCGCCGCCCGCCCCUGCUCUGCCACCACCUCCACCUCCGACACCACCUGCUCCAGCCUUGCUCCACCUACACUCCGCCACCACCUCCACCUCCGACACCACAUCCAUCUCCGAAAGCACCUGCUCCACCUCUACUCUGCCACCACCUCCACUUCCGACACACAUCUCCUCCGCCACUGUCCUCCACCUUUGCUCCGUCCGCCACCCCUCCUCCACCCACCGUCGACCCCUCCACCAUCGAUUUCAGGCAUGA